AAAAAAAUAAAAGAAAGUAAGACUAAGGUCUAUUUAAUUAAAAAAGGUUAUAUUUUUAUAAGACCUGCUAAUUUAAAUCAAAUUGACAAUUUAAUUGUGUGAAUCACAGCACUUAAAAAAUCUGAAGCUACACGCUACAAGAAAAACAAUUGUUUAAAAAGACAAUUGAUUUAAUCAACAAUGUUUGAAGUACUCAGCAAAAUAAAAGGUUUGUUGAAGAUAGACAAGGUGUGUAUUGACAACAAUGUGUUCCGUUUACAUUACAAAGCUACGAUGAUCCUCCUGGUGGUAUUUUCUGUGCUGAUAACAUGCAAGCAAUUUGUUGGAGAUCCAAUUGAUUGUAUAGGUGGUAGCAAAGAAGUACCACAAGCUGUAAUGGACACCUACUGCUGGGUGCUUACAACCUUCACAAUGCCCAAUGUAACUGGUACCAUUGGCCGACAUGUUGUUUAUCCAGGAGUGGGAUUCGGUAAGGUCAACGAACCGGUUAAAUAUCACAAGUACUACCAAUGGGUUUGCUUCAUGUUAUUUUUCCAAGCGGUUCUCUUCUACAUCCCGCGCUACCUCUGGAAAAUUUGGGAAGGUGGUAGGAUGAGAAUGAUCAUGCAGGACCUCAACUGUCCUAUCUCCACUGAUACCGAACAAACUGAUAAGAACUACAGCGAGUUAGUUAAUUAUUUAAUGAGGAAUUUAGGAUCACAAAAUGUUUAUGCGUACCGCUUCUUUUUCUGCGAGAUACUGAAUUUCAUCAACGUCAUAGGACAGAUUUAUUUGAUUGAUUUUUUCCUUGAUGGAGAAUUUAAAACUUACGGAAUAGACGUUGUUAGAUUUACUGAAAUGGAAUCUUCAAAUAGAAUAGAUCCAAUGGCUCGGAUUUUUCCAAAAAUCACCAAGUGUACUUUUCACAUGUUUGGAAGCUCUGGAAACAUUGAGAGAAUCGACGCACUGUGUGUGCUCCCACUGAAUGUUAUCAAUGAAAAGAUUUACAUCUUUAUUUGGUUCUGGUUCAUAAUUCUUGGAAUUCUCAGCGGAUUAAGCUUAAUUUAUCGGAUUGCUGUCUUAUUGGGACCUAGACAAUUUAGGGGCAUGCUUUUGAGCGCACGCUCACGCUUGUCAUUGUCACAUCAUGUGUACAUUAUUACUCAGAAGUUUGAAAUAGGAGAUUGGUUCAUUUUUUACCAAUUGAGUAAAAAUAUUGAUGCGUAUAAAUACAGACAACUUAUUGCUGAUGUCGCCAAAAAGCUACAUGACCAAGAUGACCGCAAACCUAACCACUUAACAGCUUAAAAGAAAUAUGAUUUUAAUUAAGAUUCAACCCAAGAUUAUGUAGAAAAAUAAGAAAGAUUUUUGGAGAUUAAACAUUAUUCUAGAUUUUGAUACGUACUUAAUAAUUAAUUAUUAUUAUUUUUUUUCAUUUCGUAUUUUCUCUUUGUAUUUUUAAGAUAAUAAGUAUAAUUUCUUACUUAAAUAAUUAUAAUUUUGAUAUUAAUUCAGUAAAAUAUAACGCAUUUAUUAUAAGUAAAAUAUAUUAAAUGUAAUUUUCUUCUUUCUAGUAUUACUUAAAUUUGUAAUAAUUUUCACAUUUAUACUAAUCAUAAAUAAUUAGUAAAA